AUGGGCAAGUCAUCCACUACCAAGCCCACCAAGGACAGCAAGAAGUCCAAGUCGUCCGUCUCGAAGGAGGCCACCGCGACGCCUGUCAAGGCUUCCUCCUCGUCCAAGAAGGACGAGAAGAAGGCUGCGAAGAAGGCGGCCGAGGAGGAGAAGAAGCGCAAGGAGCGUGAGGAGGAGGAGCGCAAGAAGCGUGAGGAGGAGGAGGCCGCGAAGAAGAAGGCUGCCGAGGAGGAGUCGAGCGAUUCCGACAGCGACUCGGACUCGGACUCGGACUCGAGCGACGAGGAGGAGGAGGACAAGCCCAAGGCCAAGGCCAACGGCAAGGCUGCGCCCGCCAAGAAGGACGAGUCGAGCGACUCGGACUCGAGCUCCGACGAGGACGAGCAGCCCGCCAAGGUCGCAAAGGCCGUUGCGGCCAAGGCCACCGACGUCGCGAAGAAGGGCGCCGCCGCCGUCUCCGACGCCGUCCAGAACGGCAAGGAGAAGGUCGGAAAGGCUGCUGCUGCCGUCGCCGAGGCUGCCGAGAGCGACUCGAGCGACUCUGACGACUCGAGCGAUGAGGAGGAGGAGAAGAAGCCUGCUGCUGCUGAGAAGAAGGAGGAGGAGAAGGACGGCAGUGACUCGUCGAGCGACUCGGACUCCGACUCGGACUCUGACUCGUCGUCGGACGACGAGGACGUCAAGAUGAAGGAGGACGCGCCCAAGGAGAACAAGAAGCGUGCCGCGCAGGAGAGCGCUGCCCCGGCCAAGAAGGCCAAGGUCGAGUCCGCCGCUCCCGCCGCCGAGGGCGGCGAGUCGACGACCGUCUUUGUCGGCCAGCUCUCGUGGAACGUCGACAACGACUGGCUCCAGAGUGAGUUCAAGGACUGUGGCGAGGUCGUCUCGGCCCGCGUCGUGACGGACCGCGACUCGGGCCGCUCGCGCGGAUUCGGUUACGUCGAGUUCACGACCGCCGAGGCGGCGCAGAAGGCUCUCGAGCUUGCGGGCAAGGAGGUUGACGGACGCGCGAUCAAGGUCGACGUCACCACCCCCCGUCCUCCUCGCGAGCAGCAGGAGCGCCCCAAGAAGCAGUUCAACGACCAGCUCUCCGGCCCGCCUACGACCACCCUCUUUGUCGGCAACCUUCCCUUCUCUGCGAGCGAGGACGCCGUCUGGACCGCUUUCGCCGACUUUGGCGACGUGCAGUCGGUUCGUCUCCCCACUGACCCCGAGUCGGGUCGCCCCAAGGGCUUCGGUUACGUCGAGUUCUCCUCCAUCGAGGGCUCCCAGGCCGCCGUCACCGCCGGUGGCCCCGAGUCGACCGGUGCAGGUGUCGAGAUCGACGGUCGCAAGCUCCGUCUCGACUACUCCCAGCCCCGCGGUGAGCGCCAAGGCGGCGGCGACCGCAACGGCGGCGGUGGAGGACGCGGCGGGUUCGGUGGACGCGGUGGCGGACGAGGCGGACGCGGUGGGUUUAACGACCGUGGUGGACGCGGCGGCGGACGCGGCGGACGUGGUGGACGGGGAGGAGGACGGUCGGCGGAUGCUGGAUGGGGCGGUCGUCCCGGUGGAAACCCUCGCUCGGGUGGGUUCUCGAACGACAAGCCCGCUGGCAAGAAGAUCUCGUUCGACUAG